AUGAACACCCCAUCGAUUAACGACAGCCUGGACUCCGGAGAUGCCUCGCCCAGCUCACAUCCGCUGAGCGAAGAAGUGAACAGGGUCUGCGAGGAGAGGAUAGACAUCUUCCGAGAAUUCCUCCGCUGCGACGAGGAUGGCCUCGAUUGCGCUAGCAAAGGCUGGAAUGUGGUUGCUAAGCAGGACAAUAUGACAAUCUACAAUAGGGAGGUGGAGAGCGCCGAUGGCAAUUAUAAGGAUCCAUUGUUGGACUACAAACGCAUUUGGCCAGCGACCCAACGGGAUGCCCUCUUCUGGUCUCAUAUGCGGCACCUCGACCUGAAGGACGUCCUCGGCGCCCAGCGAAAGAACCCCAGUGACGAC